UAGAGAGAGAUAGAAAGAGGAUGAGAGAGAUAGAGAGAGACUGAGGUGGGUCAGAGACUGACGUCGCCUUCAGGCAAAAUCCAUGUGCCCACAUGGAUGAUAGUGAGGGAAACAGAGUAGAACUGUUGCUUGAUUUUGGUGACACCAUUUAUAGUCCUUCCUUCUGAGUACAUCCUCAACAUUAAUAGCGAGCCACAAGCAGAGAGCUUUGCUCCUUGGCUUGCCCUUUCCUCACUUUGACGCCAAAAGGGUGCGUCAGUAUUUGAAAAUAAAGACUGAAAAUGAAGGAGAAGAGUGAGAGUGGCGGUGGGUAUGUGAGAGCGGAUCAGAUAGAUCUGAAGAGUUUGGACGAGCAGCUCCAGAAGCACCUGAGCAGAUCAUGGACUAUGGAGAAGAACAAGAAGAGAGAGGAAGAGGAAGAAGAAGAAGCAGCAUCAAGGCAGACUGCUUCUACAAGGCAAGACUGGGAGAUUGAUCCCUCCAAACUCAUCGUCAAGGGUGCCAUAGCUCGAGGCACUUUUGGUACUGUUCACCGUGGCAUUUAUGAUGGCCAAGACGUUGCUGUUAAACUUCUAGAUUGGGGAGAAGAGGGGCAUAGAUCAGACGCUGAAAUAGCUUCUCUAAGAGCAGCUUUUACUCAAGAAGUUGCUGUCUGGCAUAAGCUUGACCACCCUAAUGUAACCAAGUUUAUAGGGGCUACAAUGGGAACAUCAGAGCUACACAUACAAACAGAUAAUGGCCAAGUUGGCAUGCCACGUAACGUUUGUUGUGUUGUUGUCGAAUAUUGUCCUGGUGGCGCACUGAAAUCUUACCUCAUAAAGAACCGCAGAAAGAAGCUUGCAUUCAAACUAGUUGUCCAACUGGCACUAGAUCUUGCACGAGGGUCAUAUUCCCACACCCCAUCUGUAUUUUAUUUUGUUCUUCGGAUCUUUUGAUAUAUCUUAGAUUUUUCUAGUUCCAAGCAUACAUAUACAUGUUAAGUAUUAUAUUGAACUUGUUCUUUGAACGUGUUAUGUGUUUUUUUUU